AUGUGGGGCGCCAACGCCUGGGUCGUGCUCGAGCGGCAGGCGCUGCUCGCCGGCCUCGAGGUCGCGGACCUCGAGCGGCGCGGCCUCGGCGAGGGCGUCGUCGAGGCCUUCGCGGACGUGAGCGAGAAGGCCUGGAAGGCGCUGGAAACGUUGACCGCGAAGCAUGCGAGCUUCGAGCGCGUCUACAAGUUCAUCACCCGGGCGACGGCCUCGCGGCCCGCGGCGGACCGCGUCGCGGACUGGAAGGGCUCCUCGCAGCACCGAGACGGCGGCUGGCACGAGUACCACCGUGACAGCAUCACGGCGUCGGGGAAGUCCACGACGGGCGACUACGACCCGACGACGACGGCCCUCACGCCCGAGGACUACGCCGCGGUCGUCGCGCUGUCGUCCGGGCGCGAGUAG